AUGUACUUAUUCAUCGAGUUCAAAAGACUGGUUGCUCGCGAGGAGUCGUGUUUUUUUGUAGCCAUGUCGCCAGAGAUGUUUUGGAGCACGCAUAAGCUCGCACUCUCCUUGUUCCUCAAGCGUCAUCUUCUGUUUGAUGUUGGCUGGCGAGUAAUGCCUCUCGCUCAUCUUCGACCGAGUCGGGCUGCAGCUCACCAAUCGCAUAGCAGUAUUCCAUCACUAAACGCGUUCGUCCCCCAUCCUCGAAACCAAAUGCGCGUCAAUCGAGAAGACGGCGCGAGAAACACACCAAUAUGGUCCCACCGACUGCCAUGCCCUCGACGCUCCCAAUCCUCGUCUUCUCAUACGGUGGCGGAUUCUACACAGGGGCGUGCACGCUCCCGGCCCCCGCAUCUAUCAUCUACCACAACCUCGGCUCCUUCUUCGUGGACAUCGUCCCAAGUUAAAGUCGUCGUGCAUUCCUGGGUCGACGUACUUCUACCUUACCUCGUGGUAACACUUGAAUUGCAAAUCCACACCCAGGAUGCUUAUGUUAGCCCUCGAGGCCUCGGGGAAAGGUCAUGUAAUCAAGGCCCGCGGGGCAUAAAUCCACUUGACCACAUCCUCCGCCCACUCCUCGCCCUGCCCUGUCCCAAGCGCAAACACCAAACUAACGUGAUUAUGCCCCUUGGGCGAAAACUCCUCGUACGACAUGCCUCUUGCCUUCAAAGCUUCGCCGCAGCAUUUUUGAAGCAAUGCAUUUACUAUCCUUUGCUGACAGGCCGCGCUUCAUUUUCAAUAGAUGGGAAUAUCAACGUUAGUGUUGUCAUCUCUCCGUCCAAGGAUUCGUAUGGUUAUAGUCUGUCAGAGUCCUCACGUUCUUCUGUCGAAGAAAAGGAUCUGCCGCUAUAUCUAUCGUCAGACUGUUGCGUGCAAAUGGAUUAA